AUGGAGCAGUCGGCUGUCCACCUGUGGGUCAGAACUGAACCAUUUAUUGUGGGCGCUUUGCCUCUACCUCCGCCAGCCAAAUUCAGCCUUCACUAUCUCAGAAAGAUAUCCACUUAUGUUCGAACCCGAGCCAGGGAAGGAGGUUACCCACGUCUCUUCUGGGCCACUUGGAGGCAUAUCGCCUGUGGGAAGCUACAGUUGGCCAAAGACAUUGCUUGGCUUUACUUUGAAAUAUUUGAUAGUCUGAUGGUGAGGCCCCCUGAGGAACGUCUGGAAUGGGCCGAAUUGGUAUCUAACUGCUCAUGUGAGGAGGAAGUGGAGAAAGAGAGGAAUAAGCUUUCAGUAGACACCCUUCAGUUCCUGCUUUUUUUGUAUAUACAACAGUUAAACAAGGUUUCUUUAAGAACAUCUUUGAUUGGGGAAGAGUGGCCAAGUCCCAGAAACAGAUCUCCAUCACCUGACUUGAGUGGAAAGUCUGUUUGUCAUAAUAAGACCUGGAAUGAUUGCAGCCACCAAGCUUUUGUCUAUAAUCACCUGUCCAAUCUCCUGGAGCUUCUUUUGGACCCAGAGGAGCUCACUGAUUCCUCCCACUCCACACAUAAAAGCCUGGUCUCUCCCGAAGCUGUCCAGGCCCUCAGCUUUCUCAUUGAAGGCACAGUCAGCAAAGCCAGGAAGGUCUAUCCACUCCAUGAGCUUGCACUAUGGCAGCCCCUGCAUGCAGAAAGCGGCUUCUCAAAGAUUUCCAAAACUUUCUCCUUCCCAAAGCUGGAGGCCUGGCUGAGAUGUUGUUUGACUACAAACCCGUUUGGCACAACUGCUUGUCUCAAGACUGGGAAGAAGUUGGCUUGGGCCCAGCAAGUUGAAGGAACUACCAAAAGAGCCAAGAUUGCUUGCAAUACACAUAUGGCUCCCAAGAUCCAUCGCAUUGUGGUGAUGACCCAGGUUUACAAGCAGACACUGGCCAAGAGCUCAGAGACCUUAGUUGGGGCCCAUGUGAAGAUUCACCGCUGCAAUGAGUCUUUCAUAUACCUGUUGUCCCCUUUACGGUCUGUCACCAUCGAAAAGUGUAGGAACAGCACUCUCGUCCUGGGGCCAGUACAGACAGCUCUUCACCUCCACAGCUGUGACAACGUGAAAGUCAUUGCUGUUUGUCACCGUUUAUCUGUCUCCUCCAGCACAGGCUGUACCUUUCACAUUCUGACACCGACACGGCCUCUUCUCCUCGCGGGUAACCAGAUGGUCACCUUUGCACCUUUCCAUACUCAUUACCCAAUGCUUGAAGACCACAUGGCCAGGACCGGGCUUGCCACAGUGCCCAAUUACUGGGACAAGCCAAUGAUUGUGUUCAGGGAGAAUAAUGACGCGAGGGUCUUCCGACUCUUGUCCCCCUGUGAGUUCUAUGUGUUUGUGAUUCCAUUUGAGAUGGAAGGGGACACAACAGAGAUUCCAGGAGGUCUCCCACCAGCCUACCAGAAGGCACUGGGCCAACGAGAACAGAAGAUACAGGUCUGGCAGAAGACGGUGAAGGAAGCAGGCUUAACAAAGGAUCAAAGGAAACAAUUCCAGGUACUGGUGGAGAACAAGUUUUACGAAUGGUUAAUUAACACAGGACAGAGCCAGCAGCUCGAUAGUCUGGUGCCCCCUGCAGCAGGUUCCAAACAAGCCGCUGGAUAAGUUAUUACAACACCAUGGUAUCCAGAGGAGGAUAUCUUAUGGGAACAGGCAAGUGAUCUCAGGAGAAUGGAGGAGGCCAGCAGAGAAAGGAGUUGCACUCGGAGCCCCACCUCUUUCUGCACACACCUCAAAAAAGAUUAUAAUUGAUUGUGAAUUUGAGAACAGAAAACCAGUUUUAAACGAUUCUGGUGGGUUCCUGUCCUUUCUAAGGAAGUAUGAAACGGAGUGGUUGGUACUAAACAUGUUAUCUCUUCUGUUGCCAGGAGAGGGUAGGAGAUACAACAACAAACUGCAGAAUUCUAACAUCUCAAGGCUAAGUUAAGAAAGGGACGAUUGGGGCAGCGUUAGCCCUGGAGUCAAUCCACUGGGCUUUAUUGACCUAUUUGAGACUUUUGCUUGAUUUUGUUCCUUACUCUUUUCUUACGGUAGAAGUGGAAUUGGAAACAAGCCUGCCAUAGAGACAAAAGGGGCUCACAAACCAAAGAGUGCCAGUUUUUAUCAUUUGGAAGAUGGCAAAGUUGGUGACAACAGCCCCAUGUUAUUAUUUUUAUACUGAAGUGUCAGGCUUUAUUUUGAGGCAAAAGGGUUCUGCUCCUUGUAGAGCCAAUGAAAGAUGUGGGGUUUUAUUUGUUCACUACAGCUUGGUAUGCCUUUAAAACGUUUUGAUGGAAAUAU